AUGGUAAGAAGAAAAUCCAAAUCCAAUAUGGAUGACAAGUUUACUAACGACAUCAUGGAAGAAUGGGAAAUGGAUGAUGACAUGGCAUUCAUAGAUGAUGGGCGGAAGAAGGCGACAAUGGGUGGAAAGAGGGGUUCCGGUAGUGGUGGGCCCACACAACCGGUUUGCCAGGUGGCAAAUUGCACAACCGAUAUGACAAGAUCCAAAGCGUAUCACCGGAGGCAUAAAGUAUGUGAGGCUCAUGCAAAGGCUCCGAUUGUUGUUAUUGGUGGACGUCAACAACGAUUUUGUCAGCAAUGCAGCAGGUUUCAUGACUUAACGGAAUUUGAUGAUGCGAAAAGGAGUUGUCGCAGGCGAUUGGCUGGACAUAAUGAACGAAGGCGUAAAAGCUCCUACGAAUCGUAUGGAGAAAGUUCCGGAUGA